CGCUGCGGAGAGGAGGCUGUGAGUCUCGUUAGCAGGAGGUAGCCGGAGCCACCUGUUAAAUUUAGGGUGCUGCGCACAGUCAUCGGGGGUUUUCGUCCGCCGCCACCCCUUGUCCCGCCCCAACAGAAAUAAUGCAGUACCUCAGAAUGGGAUACUGGCCCCUUUCCCACUUCCUGUGAUCAGGCCAGGAGCUGAAGUUUCUGUGGGGAUGCCUAUAAACCACCUGAAAUCAGACCCUUCGGAGAUGGACUCUGACAUGUCACCCAGCUGCAGGCUCAGUGACUUGAGCAGAGGUGGCAGUCUGGAGAGUCGAAGUAGCAGUGCUCGGUCCAGAAGUUUCACGUUGGAUGAUGAGAGCCUGAAGCACCUCACACAUGAGGAAAAGGAUGUCAUCCUGUUUUUUGAAGAAACUAUUGAUUCCUUGGAGGAGAACUUUGAGGAGCAAGUGCUGUGUGAUAGCGGUGUACACUGCCACUCUCCACGAUCUCUGGAAGAGAGCACGUCUAGUCAUUCCGAGCCAGAAGAUGUCAUCGAUUUAGUGCAGCCGGUACCUGCAGCUGGGGAACCUGAGUGCCCUCCAGAUGUGACUCAGACGCCGGAAGAGGAACCUGUCAGAAAGGAAGGAAUUCCUGUCCUGGAAUGCAGGAGGCAAGAUGCUGAGAAGUCUCCACCACUAGACUCCACAGUUCCAGAGACCCUUCCUCUGCCACCUUCCUCGCCUAUCACCUCAACUCCAGCCCACCCCAGGAAAGAGCUGCUGCCUCCUUCUCCUCCAGCACAGCACCCAAAACUACCCCGCUCAGUUCCUACUCCGCUUAUUAUCGCUCAGAAAAUUUCCGAGAAGUUGGCAGGAAAUGAAGCACUUUCCCCCACAUCCCCCUCGAAGGAGAGCAGGCCUGGAGAAUGGAGGACACCGACUUCUUUAGCCCCUCGAAAUGGAGGCCACUUCCUUUGGCAGAGACACGUAACCCAGCCUGCACCCAAGAUUCACCGUUUCCCCAGCAAUAUUAGCGUGACCAACAGUUCAGGGAAGGAAUUCAAUAAGACCAUCUCGAAAGCAGCCGUCAAUGUACAAGAGCGUAAAGCCCAGGUCUUAGCCAACAUUAAUGGUGUCUCUUUCCUCACCAUGGGAGAAAUAGAAGAUCGGUCCCAAAAGAGUGCCCUCAAUGAGCAGAGAAGCUUCUCUCCCGAGCAAGUGAUAUGUGACCAAAGCAAGCCAGGCCCUGUCAAGGAAGCUCUAUGCCCAGGGACAGGAGGGCAGCCCAGUAGUCAGCAGUCCAAAGGUGUACAGACAGAACAGUCCCCAACAUUGGCCAAUGGCUUCCAAAGCAUCCAUGAUGUCCUAAAGAGUGAGCCUAGUCCCUUUGGCUCUACUGGAAAGACUAUCACCUUCCGCCCAGACCCGGCUCUUACCAAUAAACUUACACGCCAGAAUGCCACCAAGAGCUUUUAUGAAUACCAGCAGCCAGACUAUAGCCAGGAUGUUAGGAAGCGGUCAGGUUCUCUCCCCAGAGCUGUUGGAUUCAGACCCCAGGGCAUCACUGUUCAGUUCUCUGGCCGAGGCUCCACAGAAGAAGCUCGGCGUGAGGCCCUGAGGAAGCUCGGCCUCCUGAAGGAAAACUUGUGAUGGAGAAUAUGUGAGGGAAGCUAGAAGAGGUGUGAUCGUUGGCCAUAUCUGGCAGAAUGGCUAAAAUACACUUUUUUUUCCCCUCCCACCCUAAAAAGAGGGGUGAAAUGAAAUAUUAGCAUUAAUACAGGAAUUGUCUCAUCCAGCAAAUCCAGGAGCUAUUUGGCCUAAGAUGGACGUACAUACCUAAAGAGUAGUAACAACCACCCCAACUAUUGUGCCAUGUUGAGGAUUAGAGAUUAGAGGUGCCAGAACUCAGUAGUCUGGGCUAAGUGAAUAAAGAAUAGUAAGUACUGCCCCCUCGCAUCCCACAUCUGAACAGGGAGCCCCAUAUCUCAUAGUCUUCCUUUUUCCAAGAACUCAGAGAAUAACCUAUGCAACCUGUAGGCAUCCGUGGUUUGUAAAUGCCACAUGGUUUUUGGAUUUGGGAGGAGGGCGGUUGGGAGGGGCUCCUGAGUCUCUAAUCCAGCUUUUCAUUCCAAGUAUAUGGCAUGAAAGCCAGUUUAGAUCACUUAUACUCAAUCCUCUAAGAAAGCGAUUCUCCCCUGCUUUGCUAAGAAAAUAAAAAGAAAUGCUUGUUAAA